GCGUUCCUCCACACAGCCCAGUAUGAUGCAGCCAUCUCGGACUACUUCAGAAAGCAGUACCUGACUGGUGUGGCUUGCCUCCCCCUUCGCUACGGCACCAACCCACACCAGGUUCCUGCCCAGCUCUGCACCAACCUGCCAAAGCUGCCAAUUACUGUGCUCAACGGAUCCCCGGGCUUCAUCAACCUCUGCGAUGCGCUGAACGCAUGGCAGCUGGUGAAGGAGCUUAAGGCUGCCCUGGGCAUUCCAGCAGCAACCUCUUUCAAGCACGUCAGCCCCGCAGGUGCGGCCGUGGGUGUGCCACUGUCGCGAGACGAGGCCAAGCUUUGCAUGGUGGACGACAUGUUUGAUGAUCUGACCCCUAUUGCCACUGCUUAUGCCAGAGCACGAGGUGCGGAUCGCAUGUCAUCAUUUGGAGACUUCCUUGCCCUGUCUGACGAGUGCGAUGCGGCAACAGCUAGAAUUGUGUCUCGGGAGGUGUCUGAUGGUGUCAUUGCACCAAGCUACUCGGACGAAGCUCUGGCAAUCUUGGCCAAGAAGAAGGGUGGCAACUACUGCGUGCUCAAGAUGGAUGUGAACUACGAGCCGACACUCAUGGAAUCCCGCACGCUGUUUGGCCUGACUCUUGAGCAACGCCGUAAUGACGCCAAGAUCAAUCGGGAUCUCUUCACCAACAUUGUGUCAAAGACCAAAACACUGCCAGAGCCUGCCAUCCGGGAUCUGAUUGUGGCCACGAUAGCCCUCAAGUACACCCAGUCCAACUCUGUCUGCUAUGCGAAGGAUGGACAGGUGAUUGGCAUCGGUGCUGGCCAGCAGUCCCGAAUUCACUGCACACGACUUGCAGGUGACAAGGCCAACAACUGGUGGCUGAGGCAGCACCCCAACAUCAAGAGCAUGGUCUUCAAGAAGGGUGUCAAGCGUGCCGAGAUCUCCAACAUCAUCGACGUCUACGUUGGCGGUGUCUUUGGGGAGGACAUGCCUCUGGAGCAGUACCACAACUCUGUGGAGAACCCUGUGCCCCAGCUAACUGAGGCGGAAAAGAAGGCCUGGAUUGCCAAGUUGUCUGGCGUGGCCCUCAGUUCGGAUGCUUUCUUCCCAUUCAGAGACAACAUUGACAGGGCGCGUCAGAGCGGUGUGCAGUACAUUGUCAGCCCUGGAGGUUCCACCAACGAUCAAGGAGUUGUGGAGGCAUGUGACGAGUACGGAAUCACUUUGGUACACAGCGGUCUACGCCUGUUCCACCACUGAGCAGCUACUGUAGUUGGACAGGCUAUCCACCGCCCGCUGGACUUUGUCUUCCGGUCUCUGUCCAAAUGGUUCAUUGGGAAAGUGCUGUGUAAGAAAACAAAAAUGUUUUGUGGCAUUAUACGCACUGUGUGCUCGACUUCCAAGCAUGCAAGUGUGUGGUGUACAUAAACUAUUUGGAUAUAAAACCCGACCAAUAAACAUUUUGCAAA